ACCCUUUAACAAACGUGAAUGCAUUCGUCGGAACAUUUGCUUGAUAAAAGGCCCCAACGAGAAGUCCAUUUCUCGCCCCGUCUUCUUCCCUGCUCCUCGGGCCAAAUUCCAACCAGGUCUUAGUUGAAGCCUACAACCCUAGAGGGAUAGUUCACAACCUGUCAUAGAGCACAACCAGGAAGCUUAGAAGACUCUGCUCGAGCAAAGAAGGGGGGUUCUCGAAAAGGGUGGAUGAGUGCCUAUCAUAAACAGGUUGUCUUUCCUAGCUCAGAGUAUGGCAAGUGCUGUUGAUGCUGUUGGCGAGCCCAUUCCAACUUCAGCUGUUCUAAUGGCUGCCUCGAAGCAUAUUGCUAGCAAAUGCAGGGCGGAAAACAGGGAUUUUAUAAAUUGUAAAAGGAAAGAUCCCAACCCGGAGAAAUGCCUGCUCAAGGGGCAGGAGGUUACAACCUGUGUUUUAAGCUUGCUGAAAGGACUUCAUCGGACGUGCGGGAAAGAGAUGGAUGCCUAUGCAGGCUGCAUGUACUACCACACCAAUGAGUUUGAAUUGUGUCGCAAGGAGCAAGAGCUAUUUGAAAAAGCCUGUCCAUUGUCUGAAUAAGUGACUGGUUUGAGUUCGAAUAAUUUUGCUACUUCUUGAUUGAGACAACUUUACUUUCAAACAUGCACGGUUCUGAUCUUACUACAUUUCACAGCGAUAGUGAUUUGAGUGAGCAUCUAUUUGCAUCAUUGCGUGUGAAUCUUUUACUCGCAUUCUAAACUUUAUGUAAUGCCAGAAUUUUUUCUUGCAACCGUCCUAAAAUCUGCAAAAUGUUUGAUUGAACCUCUGUUUAAUAGUCUCGAGAUCUUCAGCCGAGAGGCCCCUGGUUGAGAGGUUGACAGUUCGGAAAAUUGUUUUAACAGUUUGGAAAAUUGAAUUGAUUGUUCAUUUGUU